AUGAGGCGUGAAAAUGGCGGUUAUGCGAAUGUAAGACUUUGGAGGAAGACAUUUCCAAGUCUGCGCGGCUGUUUGCAUCGCACUCUUUUGAUAGAGACACCGGUGAUUUUCCUUACAAUCUUCUGUUGUGCUCUACAAAUAGCUAAGCCUAUCUAUAAUGCUGUUACGUGUAUUAAAGCUAAAAAAUGUUCAAGAAGUUUACGACGAGCUCAAGAAUCCAUGACUGGAAUAUCGGACCACGGAAUUGAGAGCCUUCCAGACCUUUUUUCUCAGAGGCUGCUAGACAUUAACGCCUUUCUACAACGUUUUACUUUUCCUAGAUAUGGCAUUCCCGGACGACGAAAUGCCAAUCAAAAAUUGCGAACAUGCUGCAGAGGUCUGAAAGAGGCUGACAUUGAAUGUCGACGACGAUUUUGCGAUUUCAACGCCUUGAGGCCUGAAAUGGUGAUUGGCUUCAUGGCCCAAUGUGCUCCACGAGGACCUACCGUUGGUCAGAUGUGGGACUGCGCUUCUUCUCGAGUAGAUCACACCCCUUGCUGCCGCAGGCAAGGAGUGAUUGAGCAGUGCAUCGUCUACUGCGAAACAACGAAUGGAGUCCCUACGGAUUAUUUAAAAUAUAUCGUGUGUUUGAGCCAGUUUGACAAAAUCCGUUUCUGUUUCAAGGAAUAUCUCGAGCAUAAUCCCAACAUCGACGGAGAAUUCUAG